AGGUGUAGCCUGGAAGGCGUGACAUCAUGCCAAUGCAGCUUUAUGAAGAAAGUGCGCUUCUCCCGAGCAGGCAGAAGAGGUGCGUCCAGUCCGCUGGCGUCAUCCGUGGACUUCUAGCGUGAGGCGACUGAAGCCAACACACACACACACACACACACAUACACGCGCACACACACACAAAAAAAAGGCUGCGCGGUGCAGAAUCCCCAGAUCGUUCUCCACAGAGUUUCACAAGGUGGGAGAGGCUUUUACGCACGCGUGUUUCUUCUUUUUUUUGUUCCAAUCCUUCUGAACUGAAAUCAAAGUUUGGGAUUACUGCCGGUUUUUUCGAAAGUACACGCGGCAUUCUGCUGACUGUAUGAAAUAUCUGUGGACAUUCGGAGCUCUGUGAAGAGACCAGCUUUUUUUUUUUGCCAUUCAACAUGAGCGAGUCACAGUUGGGACUGCAGAAAAACCCCAUGGAUUUCGUCAGCGACUUCGACUUGAUGAAGUUCGGCGUCAAGAAGGAGGCGAUGCAGGGGAUCGACCGCUCCUUCGUCGGGCCGUGCAGCCAGCUCCAGAGACCGGACUCCGUUUCCUCCACGCCCGGCAGCACACCUUGUAACUCGGUGCCCUCUUCGCCAAACCUCAAUCCGAGCGAGCAGAGAAAUAACCCCGGCGGCGACCAGUUCUGGAUACCCAACAACGGGGGUUACCCUCAGCAGAUGUACCCUCAAGCUUUUGGGCUGACACCCGAGGACGCAAUGGAGGCCCUCAUCGGCGCCACGGCGCAGCAGGGACACCCAUCUGUGCCCCACGGACACCAGCCGCCCCAUUUCCAAGCCGAAUACGAAGGCUACGGCCACCUCAACGAGCCGGUCCAGCACUACGCGGGACUCCCGGGUCACCCCGACAUGCAAGGCAUCCACAGCAGUCACUGCCAAGACCCUUACAUCAAAGACGACAUGGGCUGCGCGUCUCCCGACUCGCAGGACGACGAGCAGGUCCUCGGUGCGCACCACCAGCACAGCCGCCACGACCGGCUGUCCAGCGCCGACAGCAACUUCUCCGACGACCAGCUGGUGUCGAUGUCCGUCCGGGAGCUGAACCGGCUCCUCAGAGGCCUCGGCAAGGACGAAGUCAUGCGUCUCAAGCAGAAGCGCCGAACCCUGAAAAACCGAGGUUACGCGCAGUCCUGCCGUUACAAGCGCGUCCAGCAGAAGCACGUUUUGGAGCACGAAAAGACCAGCCUGGUGUCCCAGGUCGAGCAGCUGAAACACGAACUAAACAGGCUGAUGCGGGAGAGGGAUGCAUACAAACUUAAGUGCGAGAAACUGUCCGGUGCAAACUGUUACCACGAAGCCGGGUCCACCAGCGACAACCCUUCCUCACCCGAGUAUUUAAUGUGACUUUGGUAAUGCUCCUGCAGAAGUGCUACUUUGACACGGGGAGGCAUUGUGUUGACAGCCUUAACCAACAAGCCCGUGGAUCCGCCAAGUUGUAGUUAAUGUUGGAUGAAAGGAUAUCGCUCAAAUCAUUGUAAUAGAUAUACAACUAGGCAACAAGUUAUGACACGAAAUUACAAUAAAGCAUGCAUGCAGGACAUGCAUGAAAUGUUUUUUUUUGUUUUUGUUUUGUUUUUAUACAGGUCGUAUCUGUAUUUUGUCUGAAAGGACAUACUUGAAAUCAGAGAACAUUUCCUUUUUAUUAAUAUGCAACUUUAAUCCUUCUGCAUUAGUUACUCCUCAAUCUUCAUUUUAGUGAUUUUUUUGCUUUGCUUAGUUUUUUUUGUAGCUCAAAUUAUAUUUUGUGUCCAUGCUUCCUUUUAAAAAUCGACAACAUACAAAGAAGAAUUAUGUUCAAACGGCAUUUCUAUUAUUUUUUAUGAAGCUGAUUCUGCUGGACAGAUGUUUUCCUUUUAUUUGCCUUUUUCUUUUGAAGAUAAUAUAUGAUUAUGCAAAUUGUUUUUCAUCCACUAUGUUUUUAAUUUGCUAUGGAUCAAUAAAACUAUUGUGACUUUUUAAAA